AUCCCCUUAUGCCUGAAGUUCACUUGGAGAGACAACCAUGGCCAACUGCUCUGGGUGUGGUCCGGGGUACAGCAGCCCCCUGGAGGCCAUGAAGGGACCUCGGGAGAAGAUUGUGUACCUGCCCUGUAUCUACAGAAACACAGAGAUUCUCAAACCAGACUACCUGUCCACCGUUGACGUGGACCCAGACUCCAACACCUACUGCCAGGUGAUCCAUCGUCUCCCCAUGCCUAACUUGGGAGACGAGCUGCACCACAGUGGCUGGAAUGCCUGCAGCAGCUGCUUUGGGGACGCCUCCAAAAGACGAAACCGCCUCAUCCUGCCCGCCCUCAUCUCCUCCAGGAUCUACGUCAUCGACACCAGCCAGCCUCGGGCACCUCGCAUCCACAAGAUGGUGGAACCAGUGGAUCUGUACUAUAAAUCUGGCCUGGCCAACCCUCACACAUCCCACUGUUUGGCCAAUGGUCAGAUCAUGAUCAGCUGCAUGGGAGACCCCUCUGGAUUCGGCAAAGGGGGCUUCGUGCUGCUGGAUGGCGAGACGUUUGAGGUGACUGGGAACUGGGAGCACCCGGGUGAAGAAGCUCCCUUUGGGUAUGACUUCUGGUACCAGCCCCGGCACAAUGUGAUGAUGAGCACUGAGUGGGGGGCCCCUCGGGCCCUCAUCGACGGCUUUAAUCCCAAAGAUGUCCAGCAAGGGCAUUAUGGCCAGAGGAUCCAUGUGUGGGACUGGACCACACGUCGGAAGCUGCAGUCCCUGGACUUGGGCGAAGAUGGCGCUAUACCUUUGGAGAUCCGCUUCCUGCACAAUCCAGAUGAGCUGCAGGGCUAUGUGGGUUGUGCCCUCCGGUCCAACGUGUUCCGCUUCUACAGAACAGAGAAAGGUGAAUGGGAAGCUGAGAAAGUCAUCAGCAUUCCCAGUAAGAAGGUGGAGGGCUGGAUGCUGCCAGAGAUGCCUGGCCUGAUCACAGACAUCCUCAUCUCUAUGGACGACCGAUUCCUCUAUUUCAGCAACUGGCUCCAUGGAGAUAUCCGCCAGUAUGACAUCACCAACCGCCGCAAGCCACGAUUAGUUGGACAGGUGUUUCUCGGGGGCAGCCUGGUGAAUGACGGUCCAGUCAAAGUGCUCGAUGACCCGGAGAACCACGGUCAGCCGAACCCCUGCAUCAUCAAAGGGAAGCGCAUCUCUGGAGCCCCGCAGAUGCUGCAGCUGAGUCUGGACGGGAAGAGGCUCUAUGUGACCACGUCUCUGUACAGCGGCUGGGACAAGCAGUUCUACCCCGACAUGCUGAGGGAGGGCUCUGUGAUGAUGCAGAUCAACGUGGACACAAAGAAAGGAGGUCUCACUCUGAAUGAGAACUUCCUGGUGGACUUUGGGAAAGAACCAGACGGCCCGGCUCUGGCUCACGAGCUGCGGUAUCCCGGUGGAGACUGUACCUCCGACAUCUGGAUCUAAUCUCUUCAAGUGUCCUUACGCAACUUAAUCUGUACUCACAAUAUCCAAAUUCCAAGUCAAUCCACCAGAGAAUGUUGACGAUAUCAGCUGCAAAAUAUCAAUACGAAUGCUGCUUUAUCAAAUGAAAAUUGAAUGUUUGGCCACUGACAGGUGCAUACACACAUCUAACACAGGCUGGAGUCUUAUAAGGUGAUCGUUUGCUUCUUGUACUUUUGUCUUGUAUUCUCUGUAAUUCUGUCAAGUGCAGUGGACUAAAGAGAAAUCUGAAAUCUGUUCGUAGGUCAUGUUCAUACUAUGGGUCUUCACAGUUAAAGUCAGUGUCACUUUUUUUGCCAAAAAUAAACAAAAGUGCAUUUUGUUCUUUUUCAUUGUGGAUGUUUAUAUUGCACUGAAAAACAGGAAAAUAUGCAUCCUUACACAAAUCUCCAUCUCAACAAAUCUGACUUGUCCUGAAGGAGGGUCUUCACAUGCUUGUUUCCAUGGAAAUGUUGUUCCUUUGGCUAUAAUCUUCCACAGUAUGGCAUAAAUCAUUUCUAUCUCCAUAAGGAAUAUUCCAAAGUAUGU